CUCUCCUCUCAACAAACUUCAACAACCAUUGGAUGCUCUCAACAAAAUUCAACAAGCCUCAACAUCAAUCCUCAACAUCCAUUGCUCAUGGUCUCAUACUGGAGCUCAUCAUGAACGGCUAGGAGACUAGGACAAGUGAGGGCCGAGGGGAGGGAAAGGACAACCAACUCAGAAGCAACCUUCUAGCUUUACCUUCUACCGUGUCUUUGGGAACCAAAAUAAUUUGAUUGAGCAAGGUCAUGAGCUUGCUGGUUAGACCCUCUUCCAACCCACACAAAUUUAGGUUCACUAAGUCUGCUCCUUAGCUCCUGUAUGUCAUAGAACUGAUAGACCAGUCCAUUUUGAAGGAGGUGACUAAGGAGAUCAAUUCCUUGCAGUCAGAAGCAAAGAUGCAUUUGCCCAGCUGUAGAUUGGAGGCGAGAACUAGAGCCUCUCUCAAAGCGUUUGUUCUUCUAUAGGGUGGUUGGUCGGUAAAACAUUAAUAAUCCUUUAACUCUUUGGUUUGACUAUGCACCAUCUAGAUCGAAUCCCCUGUCCCACCAAGCCCAUCAUCAAUCAAAGACCAAAAACACCUCAAGAUUAUAAAAUAUCCAAACCCGUCUCUCUUAUCUUCAAGCCAACAAAUCCUGAAACGUAUCCACAAACCAUGGCCAUCCUUGCAAUACUCCUUGUAACAUUCCUUAUAACUCUAUCCUUAGCUCUGUUCCUCCAUCCAAAACAGAGUCAACAUGAUAGGAAACACAAACACAAACACCCUCCAGGUCCCAAACCUCUUCCAAUCAUUGGCAACCUCCACAUGCUAGGAAAACUCCCCCAUCGCUCCCUCCAAGUCCUUGCCAAAAAAUGUGGACCUAUCAUGUCCUUGAAGCUAGGACAGGUCCCAGCCAUCGUGGCUUCUUCCCCUGAAGCUGCAAAGCUAUUCCUCAAGACACACGACACCAUUUUCGCUAGCAGGCCCAUAAUCCAAGCUUCUGAGUACUUAUCUUAUGGCAGUAAAGGCUUGGCGUUCUCUGAGUAUGGUCCCUACUGGCGCAACGUGAAAAAGGUCUGCACCACACAGCUUCUGAGUGGAUCCAAAGUUGAGAGCUUUGCUCCUUUAAGAAAGGAAGAGAUGGGAUUGCUUGUGAAGUUGCUUGUGGAAUCUGGAGAGUCAGGGGAAGUUGUGGAUGUCAGUGAAAAGGUUGCGAAGCUUAUUGAGAAUAUAGUGUUUAGAAUGAUUCUGGGUCGCAGUAACGAUGAUAGGUUCGACCUCAAGGGGAUUGUUCACGAGGCUGUGCACUUGGUUGGAAAUUUUAACCUGGGAGAUUAUGUACAUUUGGCUGGUGCCUUGGACCUUAUGGGACAAGUAAGAAAAUUCAAGAAAAUAAGCAAGGCAUAUGACCAAGUGGUGGAACAUAUCAUCAAAGAUCAUGAGGCUUCUUCUGAUUAUAACAGCAAGCAUUACAUGGACUUCGUGGACAUAUUACUAUCACAUAUGAACCAACCAAAAGACCCUCAAAACGAACACACACAUAUCAUCGACAGAACCAACAUCAAGGCAAUUAUAUUGGACAUGAUUGUAGGAGCAUAUGACACCUCUGUUACCGCAGUUGAGUGGGCCAUGUCAGAACUCUUAAGGCACCCAAGGGUAAUGAAGAAGCUUCAAGAUGAGUUGAUGAGUGUAGUGGGGGAAAAUAGACAAGUAGAGGAAGCUGAUUUGGUUGAAUUGAAUUACCUCAAUAUAGUGGUGAAAGAAACUUUAAGGUUGUACCCUGUUGGUCCUUUAUUAGUGCCUCGUGAGUCUCAAGAAGAUGUUACUAUCAAUGGUUAUUUCAUACCAAAAAAGACAAGGGUUUUGGUCAAUGCUUGGGCAAUAGGAAGAGAUCCUGAAAUUUGGUCAGAGAAUGCUGAGGUUUUUUAUCCUGAAAGAUUUGAAAAUAGUGAUAUUGAUCUUUGUGGGCAGUAUUUUCAACUUAUACCAUUUGGUUCUGGUCGUAGAGGGUGUCCUGGGGUGUCAUUGGCUUUAAUUACAGUUGGAUUUGUUCUAGCUCAGUUAGUGCAUUGCUUCAAUUGGAAGCUUCCACUGGGUAUGUCUCCCGACGAAUUGGAAAUGACUGAGAAUUUUGGACUUUCAAUUCCAAGAAGUAAGCAUUUAUUAGCUGUUCCAACUUAUCGGUUGUUCAAUAAAGCUUGAUCAAUUUGAAGGUGUCAAACCUUAUAUAAAAACAUGACACUUUUUUGGUGAUGCACUUGUAAUUCCUUGUAGCAAUUGGAUCAUACCAAAAUUAGAUGCGAGUGAUCAUUGCAAUGAUUGUGAUAAGUAUAAAUUUCUUUCACGAAUUAUCAGUUUGAAUAA